UCCAUUAUUCCCCAACGGUCCAUUUCUUCAAGCACUUCCCUUUAUAACGACCACUAUAUUCAAUUAUUCAUCUUCUUCCCUCUAACGCUCCUCUCUUUCUUUCUCUCCUUUCCCUCUCGAUGGAUCUUGAUCUUGUUGUUGUUGUUCUCACUGAAGCUUCCUCUACACAAAUCCAGCACGUGAACCGUAAGUCCUCCGACGAGUUGCUCCGCAAGUUCGCCGAUCCUGACGACGUUGACAAGUCAACGAAGCGCCGGAGGAAGUCAGCAGCUACUACAAACUCUCGAGAGAACGGCGUUGAUGUUGAAAGCAACACUAGUACUACUGGUUUAGUGGAGAGGAAACGGCUCUUGCUUGCUCCAGCGGCGAGUAAACGGCGAUCACUGUUCCUCCGCCAGAUUGCUUCUGGAAAGUCACAUCUGAAGAAGAAGUCUCUCGUCAGAACUAUCGGCAAGACAUGGCGUAAAACAAUGGAAGGAGCUUCAAGAGUUUUCAUCGAGAAGCAUUAUAAUAGACACAGACGUCUCAUCAGCGAUGUCGUUUAAAUGCCAGCUUCUGCAACUUUGAACUCUUUGUUUUUUUUUAAAUGUGUUAUGUAAUUUUAUAAACGUGAAUCUCUACGUCUUAUUUUUACAUUUGUUAUUCUUUUAAAUUUCCAAUAAUACCAAUGCUUUGAUAGAACUUCAGUGUAACUAAAUUCAUUGACUAAAAUCAAGUUGAAGUUUUGCAUA